UCAAAGGGUUACCCUACUUUAUUUUUCAUUGUUUUUCUAUUCUUAAAAGUUGGGGAAAUUAGAAAAAUGAAGAACAAGAAGAACAAAAAGAGAGUUUGGCACGAGGAAGAGAGAGAAAAAGGGUGGCGAAGUAAUGGCGUCGAAAGUAGAAUCACCACCAUACCCAAGUGCAGCUAGGAUUUCCGAUUCUUCCUGUUACCCUCAAUAUACUGCUUCUCUUAAAUGUUUGGAGCAAUAUAAUUCGGAUAAGAGCAAAUGUCAAGAACAUUUUGAUGUUUAUAAGGAAUGCAAGAAGAAGGAGAGGGAGGCACGACUGGAACGCAACCGAGGUCGCUCUUUAUUUUCAUAGAUCCUCUUAGAAAGGCAUGCUUUAAAAUAUUUUUCUUUUUUUAAAGUCAAAAGAGAUUGAUUUGUUGCUAUAGAGUGCACUUUCGUUCUGAAAUAAUAUUUCAUAUGCAUGGACAAGCUUUUGAUGAGUCCCUUGUACAUGUGUACACUCUUGACAAUUUACUCCAGAAUCUCUUUGUAUAAGGAUCUUCGAUUCAUAAAUCAAUUGUGUUGCAUGUAUUUGAAUAUUUCA